UUGUUGCAAUUGUUGUUUCCUUGUUUCUUAUCAGAUUUCGUAACAUAGAAGGAAACUACUGUAUCCUGUUAGAUUUUUUUAAAAUUAAAUUUCGAACAUUCCACAUAAAACCAAUAAUGUCUUCAAGCAGAACACGUGUUCUCGAUUUGUACAAGAGGCUCCAGUACCUGGGUCGCGAUUAUCCUGGCGGACCGGAUAAGUUCAGACAAAAGUGCUACAAUGCCUUCAAGCGACAAAGCGGCGAAACCGAUCCUGCCAAGAUCGAGAAGGCGAUCGGACUCGGGGAGUACGUGGUCAAAGAAAUUGAAGCCUUGUACAGCUUGCGCAAGUACCGCGCCAUGAAGAAACGAUAUUACGACAACUGACGACUUGUUAAACGAGAUAAUCAUAAACUGUUGUCUCAUCAAAGAUGAAAGAAAAUACUUUAAAUAGGUUUAUAAUUAUGGUAGCUAUAUGAGCGAAAGAUGGAAAUACAUGUUUGUAAGAUAAAAUGUAGGUAGAGAAUAUUAAUGAUAUUUCUAGUAAAUGCUUUUUCCUGAUUUAGAGUCCCUAACUAAAAAGAAUUUCUAAGGGAAAGUGAAUAAAAAAAAGAGAAUACUUUAAUCUUGAGUCAGUUUGUACGCGAAUUUUCGGAUAAAUGAAGCUUUAAAACAAGCAUGGAUUAAACUCACUCUAGUUUUUAUUUCGGGCUUUUUAAAAUUUACUCUUAUCCCCUACAAAUAUACGAUAAAUAUAUGUAUAGACUUUGUUUUCGACACUUUCGUCGGCGAAAUUUCCGUUUUUAUUUGUUCUGUUCUUGUUUAAAAAAAAAUCGAUAUAAUUUCAAUAUUCUGGCUGAUUUGCUGCAUUAAAUGGAUCAUUUGGAACCUGUUCAAUUUCAGUUGAAACUGCAAUACAACCGUUUUCGAUUAGUUUGAAUCGUUCGAAUACAUCGUUAAUCUAGUUGCUCAUUCGUGUGUCAAUGGAACUUAAUUUCAAAAAGCACUAAAGUGCUCACUUUACAAUUCCUGGAAAGCUCAAAAUACGAUUUGUGGUCCGGACAUUUCGUAGGGAUGGGAACAACAGUUUUCCCUUUUUGCAAAGCCAUUACGAAAAAAUAUCUCUCAGUUCCUGUUUUGGAAUGUGAAAUUGAAAAUAAAAACACUGAACUCAUAUUCUAUGUAGGGAAAUAUUUUCUACUAAACGUUAAUCAGAGAUGAAUGUUAAUCAGAUGGUGCUAAACUAGAACAAGAGACUAGCAUUUUAUCCGCAAAUAACGCGACGUAUUAUUUUCUCUUAAAAUGGUACCACUUUUCUUUGUCAUAUAGUAUAAUGGUUGGUUCUCAUUCAUUUUUAGUAGAUUCGAUUUGUAUUUAUAUUUUUAACCACAGGCACAUACAUUUAUCCAUUUCCUUCACUUUUUUUACUAUUGUAUAUUUUUAUCAGCUGACUUAGAGUGUUGGUUUUCUUUUUCGAUUUUUCACUACCAACGUUAAAAAAUUUCGCGAAUUCUCUCGAUUCUCAACAUAAGUGAACAAUGCAGUGGAAACUGAUGCCUUCUAAGAUUUUAUUUUUGAUUUUGUCGUUUGGUUUAUUCCUUAGAAAUAUAUUGAGCCUUUUCGUAGCGCAAAAGAAAUAAAUAGCACAUUGCACAUGUUCAACUUGUUUCGGUUUUUCUUUUCAUCUUUCGUUAUUCAGUCCUACACGAAAAUUCUUUGUUAAUGUCUUGUUAUCAAUUAACUUAUUAGCUACAACGGUGAGUUUGUUCUGUGUUAAUUUAGUGCUAGGUGUAGUGUGUGCGUGUGUGUUUGUGUAUGUAUGAGUAAGUGUGUAUGUUAGUUAAAAACUGUGAAAAUGACUGUUCUCAGGUUUAAUUGUAGAAUACUUGUAGUAGAACUUCUUAUUUUCUAAUAGUAAUAGUAGUUGUACAUAAAGUGAAUCAGUUGACAGAAAAAUUGAGUUUUUUAUCGGCACAGAAACAUUGAAAACGACAGUUCCUUUAAGUUUUUUUUCGUUUGUAUAGUUGUACAAUUAGUAGUUUUUUAUGAGUUUAAUGGGUUUUUUUUUCAAAACUAUUUGAAUGUUGGUGCAUCAAAUACCCUAAAUCUAUAUUAACUCUUCGAUAUAAUUGAAGUAAAUUGUGAGACGUACUAUUAAACUAUGUACAAUUAAAACAAUAUUUUGAAGAUCUGUAGUACAUAUGGAUGGGAUAAUGGGGUUAACGCAUUUGAAGGAAUAACAACAAAAUGAAAAAAAAAAUAGACGAAGCAUGAAGAAUUUAACUAAAAGUCAAUAAAUAAAAAAUCUUCUUAAACUCUA